UCCUUCCGUGGGUCAGUGGUAAGAGUCACUGGGUCGCCGGCUCUGCCCACUCCUACAUGGCCGGCGGCCGGCGCCAGACGGUAGUGGGGGCGGAGGACCCAAGGCGGCGGUCAAGCCCGCAGCCCGGUAUGGGUGCGGCGGAGGAGGAUGGCGGCGCUGGAACUGGUCGGCGUCGCGCGCGAGGGAGUUCGUCCAGCAGGUCGCCGCCAGCCCGCUCGACGGUGUCUUCCGACCUCGUCACCGGCGCCAUCGUCCUCGAGGUCACAAGGUCCUCUACGUCCUCCACCCACCAUUCCUUUGUUGGCAAGCAGGAGCCUCACUCUCUCGCCGUGUUUCCGGUGAACGCACACACGCACGCAAGCUGCUCGAGCAAAUGGACACAAGAGAAAACAGAGGAGGAGCAGAGCAGUACGCAUGUUAGUUUUCCAGGCAGCGAACACCCAAUGUUUUUUCUCUCUGUUCACAACUAAUGCAAACUUUUCUUUCGGUGACAAGUUACAUAAACUUUACACGGAUGGAUGGGGAUUCAUCAAUUACUCACACAUAUGGAUGGAUGGGAUUGGCUUCGCCAUUCGCCCCAAGCCCCCAAGGCUGGAACUUCUUUCUGGUCAAACUUAAUUUGGACCUUAGUAGUGGGAUUCAUCAUUCACAUCCCAAAUAUUAUACUAGAAGUCAAGCACUCGUAGCUGCACCCAGCUUCACAUUGCUGACCAGUGGCUUUGAAUUCCAAGCCCCAGAGUCCUUGUUAGUGUGCCACCAGAGCUAACAUAAACAUCGACACCAGACCUAACUUGUUAGUGACCAAUGGAAUCCAUCAGUUGUUUUUAUAUAAGAGCACACAUCAACAUCGGACAUAUACAUUAUAUAAUUCCUAGAAUAUUUGUCACUAUCAGGAUUGCUAGUAACCAAAGCAUAAUGCAUAUUUUUCUUCAUUAUUACGAACAAACUGCUCUGAUUAAUUAUAUGCAACUUCACUGUCCAGCUGCUUUAAUCAAAUCCCAAACCUGCUACAUCAUAUUCCAAAACGGACAAGAGAGAAACUCCAUAAGCAUGGAUACAAGCCUGCAGGCCCUUAUUGGUCUGCUCCCUCAACUUCACUCUCCGACUGCUUUAAUUAAACAGCAACCAGGGACUUUUAUCUUGGCAGGCAACACCAAGAGUUUGAUUACAUAUAUAUCAUGUAUGUAUACCAUGCGGUAUCCUACACCAAGAAGAACACAUAGUCAUGGCAAAAGCAGACAUGGACACGCUCCAACUAGCCUGCAUCCAGAUAGCCAUAGCCUUGCUCUUGCUUACUCAAGCCAAGAGCACCACAGAGGACACAUCUGCCGUGCGUCCAAAUAAUACGGUCCCCAGCUGUAUUGCCGGUGAGAGGUCUGCCCUUCUCGCCUUCAGGGCAGGUCUAUCAGACCCUACCAACCUCCUUCCAUCAUGGAAGGGUGAUGACUGCUGCCGAUGGAAGGGCGUCUACUGCAGCAACAGAACCAGCCAUGUUGUCAGGCUCGAUCUCCGAGGCCCAGGUUACAGAACCGGCAAUGAGAGCAGGCAGGUACUAGCAGGCAACAUAAGUUCCUCGUUGCUUGGUUUACAUCAUCUUCGGUAUCUCGACCUCAGCUACAAUCGGUUUGACAAGAUGCAAAUACCAGAGUUCAUGGGUUCUCUCCAUCAGCUAAGAUAUCUUGACCUAUCGUGGUCACAGUUCAUUGGAAGGAUACCACCGCAGCUGGGUAAUCUCUCCAACUUACAGUACCUAAAUCUUGACACCAUCUCAUACGUGAGUGUUGAUUCUUCUUUCCAUAGAGGCACAUAUUCCACCGAUAUCACCUGGUUGUCACGGUUAACUUCCCUUGAGCACCUGGAUAUGACUGGGGUGAACCUCAGUACAAUUGUUCACUGGCUUCGCGUGGUGAACAUGCUUCCAACUCUGAAAGUUCUUCGCCUUAUCCAUUGCCAGCUUAGAAUUAGCCCUGAUUCUCUAGAUAUCUCGAGCAAUGGUUUCUAUGGCCCGUUUCCAGAUGCGAUAGGUAAUAUGACCUCCAUUGUGGAGCUUGAUUUAUCAGAUAAUAACCUUGUGGGCAUGAUACCAUUUAAUAUGAAGAACCUAUGUAAUUUGGAGACAUUAGAUUUUUCUGUGAACAAUAUCAACGGGAGUAUAGCAGAAUUAUUCCAUCGAUUACCCAGUUGUUCGCGGAAUAAUCUACAAUGGUUGUCUCUACACCACAACAAUCUGACUGGAAGCCUGCCUACUACAGCAGUAGAAAGAUUAAGUAACCUGAGCUGGCUGGAUCUACACCACAACAAACUCACAGGUCAUGUCCCGGUGUGGAUAGGAGAGCUCAAACAACUAAUGAUGUUGGACCUUAGUUAUAACAACCUGGACGGGGUCAUACAUGAAGGUCAUUUAUCACGUCUAGAUAUGUUGGAGGAAUUGAGAUUAUCAGACAACUCCAUAGCCAUCACAGUGAGCCCAACUUGGGUUCCUCCUUUCAGUCUAGGAACAAUUGAACUUCGGUCCUGUCAGCUAGGGCCAAAAUUCCCAAUGUGGCUUAGAUGGCAAACACACGUAAUGAGUCUUGAUAUAUCAAACACAAGCAUAAAUGAUAUAAUACCGGAUUGGUUUUGGACAGCAGCUUCCUCAGUAAUGUCUCUGAAUAUCCGAAAUAAUCAGAUUACAGGAUUCCUACCAUCAACAAUGGAAUUUAUGAGAGCAAAACAAAUGGAUUUCAGUUCUAACCAGCUUGGUGGUCCAAUACCUAAGCUUCCCAUCACUCUAACCAACCUGGAUCUCAGUCGGAACAAUCUAGUUGGGCCACUACCAUUAGACUUUGGAGCGCCAGGGCUUGAAAACCUUUUUCUAUAUAACAACAUGAUCUCUGGGGCCAUUCCAUCUUCUUUGUGCAAGUUGCGAUCAUUGCAGUCAUUAGAUCUAUCAAGAAAUAACCUCAAUGGACCAAUUACUGAUUGCCCAGUCAAUGAGUCCAGCACAAACAUGACAGAUCUUAGCAUUGUUAAUCUAAGCUUCGGAAACAACAACCUCUCUGGUGAAUUUCCUUCACUUCUCCAGAAAUGUCCACGACUCAUCUUUCUUGAUCUCGGACAUAAUCAAUUCUCCGGGGCUUUACCAGCAUGGAUUGGGGAGAAGCUAUCAUCUUUGUCAUUCUUACGACUGAGAUCCAAUAUGUUUCAUGGUCAAAUUCCAGUCGAGCUUACAAAGCUUGUUAAUCUUCAAUAUUUGGACCUUGCAUACAACAAUAUAUCAGGGUGCAUACCAAGAUCUAUUGUUAACUGCACAGGCAUGAUACAAAAAGGUGACAAUUCUGAUGAACUUUUGUAUGGAUUCACUAGUGGAACAAGGCUUUUUCCUGAGAAUGAACUAGUUGACAAUGCGGACAGUGUCACUGUACUUACAAAAGGUCAAGAGAGACUAUAUACAGGAGGAAUCAUAGAUAUGGUGAAUCUUGAUUUAUCUUGUAAUAGUCUUACAGGAGAGAUUCCUGAAGAAAUCAGCACUCUUAUGGAAUUGAAGAACCUGAACUUAUCAUGGAACAACUUCAAUGGAAAAAUCCCUGAGAAUGUUGGUGCCUUAAUGCAAGUGGAGUCACUCGACCUAUCGCACAACGAUUUGUCUGGUGAAAUCCCUUCAAGCUUAUCGGCUCUCACAUCACUGAGUUGCCUGAACCUGUCCUACAACAAUCUGAGAGGAAGGAUACCAACUGGAAAUCAACUGCAAACACUCGAAGACCCAACAUAUAUUUAUAUUGGCAACCCCGGCCUCUGCGGUCCUCUCUCUGUAAAUUGUUCGUCACAGCCAGAGCCAAUUCCAGGAGAAAACCACGGAGAUGCAAGCGGCGACUUGGUUUCGUUUUUCCUCGCCAUGGGCUCUGGAUAUGUGAUGGGUCUCUGGGUGGUAUUCUGUACCUUCUUGUUCAAGAGGAGAUGGAGAGUUUCAUGGUACUCGCUCUGUGACAGCCUGUAUGAUUGGGUUUAUGUACAAGUGGCUGUUACCUGGACUUCCUUCAGAGCUGAAAUUAAUGGGUAGAAGCUGAGAUGAGAUGACUGUAUAUGCUUUUGAGAUUUAUCAUGAAUGUAUAAAUCAAUGUUCAGGUUUAUUGUACUAGAACUAUUCAGGAUAUGUAUUCGAGGUACAUGCCAUGGACUGAGAUUGGUGGUCCUUGGUUUGCUCUAGAUAUGUAAUAUGAUAUAAUCUGGAGAUUUAUUAUGAAUGUGUCAAUUAAUAUUCCAGUGAU